GUUUAUCAGAAGAUAAUGAAAUAAGUUAUGAGUGUUGCACUUGAAGAAGAGGUGAAAAGCUGGCUUUCAGAACCUGCAUAUCAGAAGGUGUUCAAGCAUACAUUUGAUGUUGUACGAGAUUAUGCUUGCUACUUACUUCUAACCAUUGGAGCAGUAGCAAUCUCAGUGCGGUUUCUCACCUUUGGAAAUGGAGAGAUCGCAUGCAUGGUUCUGGGUACCCGAUUUCUACGUCUCGAUCCUUGGACGCCAAUUAGAGGGGCAACAAAUUCAUCUCGUGGAUCUGCAGGAUCAUAUCCAGUUCAAGAUGCAGCUAUGACAGAAUAUGCACAUUUUAAUGAGAAGUGUAUAGCUGCUGUUAGCAACAACUACUUGCAGUAUCUUCCCUUCAUGCUUCUCAUUCAAGCAGUUAUAAUCGUAAUGGUGGAAAAAUUCUUUAAUAAAAUUCCUCAGGUUGGAAGAAAAAUGGAGAGGUUUUAUGUAAAUAUAGUUGAAGAAUCCCUCUUCGGCAAAGAUCCAGAUGUAGCAGAAGAUGUUUGUGAUGACAAGGCCAACUCUGAAGCUAUUUCAAGAAAACGACGUAGGAAUGAAAUAUGUAACUCAUUGAAACAAUCCAGUAUCAUCCACAACACCUACAUGUUAAAGAACAUUCUGGGAAUACUACUUAUGAUGACCUUUAUCCCUUUAAAUACUAUAUUUAAUGUCUGGUCAGAUGAAUAUAGAGGGCCAGCAAACUGCUCCUUAGCCGUGACAGAUGUUCCUGAGAUUGGAUACGGAGAUGGAAUGAUCCACUAUCAAUGCCAGGGGAAGAAGGUCAAGUUUUUUCUCAUCCUAGCCUACACUCAAAUCACUGUGCAAUUCUUUUGCUUCAUCUGCAGCCUUGGGUCCUUGGUUUGGUUUCUGAGGUUCCGUAGCAUCAGCUCGAUGAUAAGCAAAAUUAAAAAACUUUCACUGGAAAAUGUGUUUUUUGAAAAGACCGGAAAGGAUUUUUUCUUUUUAUUCGACUUACUUGCUCAUUCCUCUGGGAUGGAAUCAACUCUACGUGUCCUCACACAUGCAGAUGAUACAAUUUACAGACUGUGCAGGCCAUUGAUCACCAAAUCAAAUCAUGAGUUUCAGUGUUUAAAGGUUGAGGAAGAUCGAAUACAUGUGACCUGGUAUGCUGCUAGCAUUGAAAAGUGGCUCAACACAAACAUUGAUGGACUUGUUAUUGACUCGUAUGAUGUAACUAUAUAUCCUGCAGAAACAAGCAACAAUUCUGUGACUUUGAAGGCUAAGACAGUGGAUGAUCUUGAAAAUGAUGAUCCUUAUAGAGCUAGCUUCCUAGAUCUUAACGGAGGUAAAACAGAAUAUAUCAUAACAAUUGUCUGUGUAAUUGGGAAAUCAAGAAUGAAAGGCAUUAGGAUUGUUACAACUCUUCUUCCUUAUGGACCAGAGAAACCAAGGUCUGGAAUGAUAAAGGAUGUUUCUACAAAUGAGAUUGAAGUGAUCUGGGAACCUCCAAAGGGUGAGUUCACCAAGUAUGUCAUCAUGAUAGACCCAAACAUUCUAAAUGUUCAGAAACCUUUUAAGAAGAAGAUCUCCAGUCUAUCCCAGAUCCAGACCUCUACAAUGCAUAGUAGUUCUGUUGAGCGAUGUGAAACAAUCGAUGAUUAUGAUCUUAGUGAUGAAAGUUGGGAGCGGGAACUAAGUAGCAAAUUAACCAACUUUACCAUUGUCGGGGUUAAUCCAGGGGAAGCUUAUCUCAUUAAACUCAUCACUAAAACUGGAGAAAGGUGCACCCAGAAACCUAUCUUUGAGAUAGUAAUGACAAAACCUGAGCCUGUUAUGAACCUUUCAGUGGAAAAUGUAACAAUGUCAAGUAUGGACCUGAAAUGGAUUGCUCCAGAAAAACACCCCCACCUGAAGGCAUACAACCUUAGUCUUCUAUCCAGGGAUGGAACAUACAAGAAGGAAAUGACAGUCAAACAUGCUGGGGCUACCUUGAAUAAAUUCACUUUAGAUGUACUAAAGGCCGAGACAGAAUAUGUGGUGUCUAUUUCUACAGUUUGUGUUUUUGACAACCUAAAAACUGUUUCUAAAUGGGAAAAAGUCAACGUCAUUACUCGACCAGAAUCUCCGAACUGUUUGAUCCUCGAAGGUCGUUUCUGCAACAGCCUCACUGUGUCCUGGAAGCCUCCAUUGAUGCUACUUUCAAGUUUCCAUAAGUACAAGCUUUGCAUAUACUCACCAGAGAUCCAUUACUAUUCUGUGUAUGAGCUUCCAGGAGACAAAGAUACUUAUACCUUCACUAAACUACCAGACCAAAUCGGAUCAGGAGUGAUAUACACUGUAAAAGUUAUCCACGUGGUUACUCCAGAUGGAAGUGAUUCAGAGGUUGAGUCAAUGCCCCUGACUUCUGAGUUUUCAACUAAACCACUGCCCCCUUUAGAUCUUCAAAUAGGACCUGCCUCUGAUGAUAUUACUUGGUCUAGGUCACUAAGCCCUAACGUCUGUGGAUAUCGGGUUCGGAUUCGAAACACCGAGAUAUUGGCAACAAUUGAUGAUUUUAUAAUUCCAGUAAUAGAUGAUUCAACGCAUUAUACAAUCAGUUUAAAGAGGCUUGAAUCUGAAAUGCUUCACAAAGUGAAUAUCUGUGCUCUGGUUCAUGAUGAGAACAACCAGCAUCUAGAGAGCAAGGAACUCCAUGACAAGUUUAUCUUGAGUGAAGGAGAACUCAUAUAUUACAGGGAUGAAAAGGUAAAUAACCGUAUAUGGAUUUAAACAUAGUUACAGGUAGGCUGGUUCCGGGGUAAUCAAAUUUAAAAACGACCAAAAAAACUAAUGUUUUUCGUUUCGUUUUUGUUUUUUCAAAACUAGCGAACUUUCGUAAUUUGAAAAACGAAGGGAGCUAACAAACUGUUUGUUUCCAGCUUUUGAAAAACGAAAAACGAAACGAUAGUAUGUUUCUUUACUUAAAAACGAUCUUCUUUGAAAAAUAUAAAUUUUACAG